AUAUUCUUAUAGUAAAGGAAAUGGACAUGUAGCAAAUUCUCAUUAAAUUAUUUCAGACACCAACUUUAUAUAGAUAUAGAUAUGGGUGUGCACAAUGAGGACUAGACCUAUUUAUUGUACAGUAUAAGGGACAUAUGAGGAGUUAUUUGGAAUGGCUUUACCCCAAAUAACCAAAGACACACCUCUUAAAUUUAUUGAUAUUUAAAUUCUUCUAGUUAUUAUAUAAUUGCCUUUUAGUUACCCUUUGAAAUUGAAGGAAAGGGGAUGAGAAGGACACAACAAAAGAGGGACCAUAAUUAAUCCAAAAGGAGAUGAAUAAUGGAGACAGAUGGAAAACCAAUGGGCUUGGAAUGUCAGUUGGCAAAAGAAUAGUUAUCAACAUGGAGUGGGGUAACUUUCGGUCCUCACACCUUCCAUUGACAGAAUUUGAUCAAGCAUUAGAUGUUGAGUCUCUGAACCCUGGGGAACAGAUUUUUGAAAAGUUAAUUUCUGGUAUGUAUUUGGGAGAAAUUGUACGCAGAGUUCUAUUGAGAAUGGCUCAGGAAGCUGCCUUCUUUGGUGAUGUUGUUCCACCAAAACUGGAGAUUCCAUUUAUCUUAAGGACACCACACAUGUCUGCAAUGCAUCAUGAUACAUCUUCAGAUCUUAAAGUUGUUGGAAGCAAAUUAAAGGAUAUCCUAGAGAUAUCAAAUACCUCCCUGAAAAUGAGGAAAGCUAUUGUUGAGCUCUGCGACAUUGUUGCCACUCGUGGUGCCCGGCUGUCUGCUGCUGGAAUCAUGGGCAUCCUCAAGAAACUGGGAAGAGACGCAGUGAAGGAUGGGGAAAAACAGAAAUCAGUAAUAGCAUUAGAUGGUGGGCUGUUUGAGCACUACACUAAAUUCCGUAGCUCCAUGGAGAGCACUCUCAAGGAAUUGCUGGGAGAGGAAAUUUCUGAAAGCAUAAUCAUUGAGCACUCAAAUGAUGGCUCAGGCAUUGGAGCGGCUCUCCUUGCAGCUUCCCACUCCCAGUACCUGGAGGUCGCAGAAGCUUAAAAAGUGUAGGUAGAUGAGAAGAUUUUUUUCAGUUUUUGUAUAUUAAUCUUCCCCUUUUACUUACUCCAGAUCAUCUAGAGCCAGUGACGGGUAAUACCAGAAUCUUAAUGUAUGGUCUUAUAGAGUUCAUAACUGAGUGAUGGAUCAAAUUCUCUCUCAAAAUGCCUAACAAUGGUCCCGACGCCAAGCUUCUAUGGUGGGCCCUGCCAUUUUGAUCCUUUGUCUCCUUUUUUUCACAUACCCAAUUUCGAGUUAGCAAAUAAGGUGGGGGAUGUACUAUUAUUUGAGUUCCUACAUACUGGCAAAGUAUGUUUGUCGUUUCAAAAGGAAAUAAAAUGUAGAUUUUGCUGUCAUUAGCAUUAUAGGCUGAUGAAGAUUUUUUUUUC